UUAUGCAUUUGCAUUCAUUAUGUUUGGCACCGUCGACGCGUCCACAACGUAACUUUAAGAUCGGAGAUCGGAACCGUAGAUCGUGGAGUAUAUAGGCGACAUAACCACUUACCAGGUAGCUUUGGCAACCGUCGUCACGUGAUCGUGUCGCGAUCGUUCGUUCUGCUCGUCAUUCAUCUGUCGUCUCGUCUUGUGCAAUUGCCUGUCGAAUGUCGAAGAAGAAUAUGUCUCGCAUCUGGAUUUGUGUACCGAGCUCUUAACGUUUGUCUGCAGAAGUCGAAGUCGAACUCGAAAUCGAACUCUACAGAGCCGCGAGUGCCUGUCGAUCAACUUGACCUUUCAGCACUCAGAUCAGGAAAUUGCUAAAAUUUCUGCAUAAAAAUGCCUUCCCUGCAUGUGAUCUUGCUGAUCACACAACUAUAUCUUUGCCUUAGUCCGGCUAUAAUUGCCCAAGACUUUGAGUUAGCGGAACGCAACCACAAGAAACGCCAAAUCUAUCGGGAACAAGUAUUGCCACAUGCGGGUGGUAAGAUCCCAGACACCGCCUUCGAGACGGAUCGCUUGUUUCUGAAUCGUCUGCAAAAGGAGGGCAUCGCAGUGCCAGAUGGCAUAGUGCCCGAGCAGCGGAACCCGCAGGUGUAUCAGUACUACAACAAGCCCAUGCGCACCGUCUUCCACAUCGCCCUGAGUUCGGAUGGGAGGUAUACGCCGAGGGAGGGGCGAUACCACUACCGCCAAGUGCCCACGGUGGAGACGACCUACCUGUAUCCGCAGGCGGUGGGUCGCCAGCACGUGCUGGUGCCGCCGAAGCACGCCCUGCCCGUCUACCGACAGCUCCAGUUGCACAAUCCACUCCUCAACCAGGUCAAGUUGCAGCCCAAGAAAAUGCCCAAUUUUCUGGAACUGGCGCCCACCGUCGGCAAGAGCCAUUCAAAUCCAUUGGCCGGAUCGGCCAAGGCGCAGUCUUAUCAGAAUGUGAAUCUCCUGCAUGGUCACAGUCCGGUGCUGCCGGCAUUCAAGAAAACCUCCAGGGGCAGCAAGACCUAUGUGGACAGCUAUGGCACAACCCAUCUCUUCAGUGAAUUUGACGAUCUGCUGAACAAACUGGAAUUGCAGCAAACGACCCGCAAGAGCUAUUAGUUUUAGAGCUGUUUAUGCCCAUCUUUAGUAGAAUUUAUAUGGAUAUAUGGCAAUUAUGAUCAUCUCUAGCCAAGAGUUAAGUUUACAAGUGGUUGGUAACCAUUAUCUCACCAUGUGCAUAUCAUUUCCAAACUUUUGCCAUACGCCCGCUCACCGAUUAGUGCAUUCCCAUUCCCAUUCCCAUGUUUGCAAACAAUACAUGCCCAGCCCAAACACGGAAAAAAAUAUUAAUUUAAAACCUCUCUUCCCAGAUCAACAUUUCAUUGUUAAAUUGUUUAAUUUUGUACGAAAAAUAUGCAUUCACAAAUAUCAGUUGACAUAUUAUAUCAAUGAAAUAAAUUGCAUUGAGUUAUGAAUUGAGGAAUUUUUUGAAUUUCCUUCCUAUUUGGUAUUUGAAAACGUUAUAAAUUGUUUUUAAAAUUAUUGUUGGGCUUAAGAUUCAUAGAACUUACAAGCCGUUUAAAAAUUCCGUUGUUAUUAUAUGUACACAUCGGCAAUAAAGAGAUCCAAAAGGAUUUAUACCUUUAAAAGUUGUUACCCCCAAAACUUAAACUUGUUCUUGAAAAUGUAAUAAAAUUAAAUAACGAAAAUACUGACCCUAUUUAAAAUGUAUCUAUUUUAUUUAAACGCAACACUUUGAAAGAGUUUUAAACUUGAAUGUUAUUAAAAGCUAUAUAAAUUUGGUUCUGUGUAGCCAGUUGCAUCCACAUCCACAUCCACAUCCACUCAUCGCUUGCCAACCCAUCCACAUGUUAUGGCGUCUAAGCCGGGCCAAGCGAAAUGUGAAUUCAUCGUUUUUAGCUAGUUAAGCGUAAACAAUUUGUAUCUUGCAAAAUAAACCCAGCCCGAGAGCUGCAUUGUACUUUCCCA